AUGUCGACUUCCCCGCCUCCGCCGCGGCGGUUCCUCCCCGAGCCCCUCGAGACCACAACCAGGAGUUCAAAAUCUGUACAUGGCCCAUCUCCGGAUCUCGCGUCCAGUCAUGGCUCUUCAGCCAAAGCCCAGACCUCAGAUACCAGUCCGACACCGCCACAGACCAAACCUCGCAGGUUUCUGCCUCAGCCGGUGGAAGAAAGUACCCGAAGUUCCAGGAAGAAGGCUAUGGAGCAUGUCGAGGACUCACCCUCCAAGGAAGAGUCGGAUGGACUUUAUACACAGUUAUCUACACAAGAACCUGCCGUUCCUGAUGCUGCCGUCAGCAGGCCCUCAACGACGCCCAGACGCUUUGCCCCGGAGCCGAUAGAGACCAGCUCUCAUUCUUCGAGGAGGCGGUCUCCCCCUCAGCCGAUUGAGACAAGUACAAGGCACAGCAAGGACAGGGAUAAUCCCCCGGACGACGCUCCAUCCAAACCACGCCGGAAAUUCGCUCCUGAGCCCAUGGAAACAUCGACGAGGAUCAGCAAGGACAAAACGAGCCCUGGCGAGCAAGAAACCCAGACCGCGCGACCCCGACGCAAAUUCCUCCCCGAACCCAUCGAGACCACCACAAGAAGGAGACGGAACACCGAUAUAGACAACGCAGAAGAAGAGCUGUCCAAGUCAGCAGACUCGUCGGCUUCCAGCAGAGCGUCUAGCGGACCGCGAAAGUUCUCGCCGGAGCUGUUGGAGACGGCCAAAGGCUCGUACAGACGUGUUCAUCCGUCUACAUCCGAUCCCAAAGAGUCCCUUCCUCCUCGACGCCCGGCCUCGCCGCGUCCAUCACAGGAGGUCCAGGUGGAUCAAGCAACGGGGCUUGAGGAAUCUCCAUUUUCAGCAGCUGCCAUUGCUCGCAGACGGACCGAGGUCGUUCGACAGCAUUCCUUCGUGGUACCGGAUCUGCCCAUGAUCGAGUCCACCACGGAAGAAGAUUCAUCGGAGACCCCGUCGUUAAGUGAGUCUCCUUCGUCGGUGUCGACGGUGAGCAGGCAAGAUACCGGUCGACCACCGAUACAAAGCAGCUACACGGAUUAUGUCCUUCAGCUGGCCUCCGAGACCGUGAGUGAAUCGGAAUUACAAGAGCAAGCCAUGGCCGCCUACAUCAAUGAACGACCGCACGAACCCGUCGACCACUUCGCCAUCGAUGCCGACGACGACGAUCCACCCCUCGCUGUCCCCAAGUUUCAAGGGGAACAAGGGGUGGAUGCCCAGACAUUCCGACGCUCAUCGGUCGCAGACCUCCAUCUAGAAUUGCAGAGUAUGCAGAAACAUCAUGAACAGCUAGAUUCGGCCAAGAAAGACCGGAACGCGGACGACACGCCCGUUCCCAGUCGUUUCAGCGCUGCUGCAUUGGCCAGUCGCCAGGCCGUUGAGGCCAAGCAGCUGAACAAGGCCAAAAAAGCCAGGGCCGCAGAGGAGGAUUCGGAACUCGCUCGUAUGAUGGCAGCCGCAGCCCCGCCCAUGUUGGGUGGGAGCCUCGUUUUCCCCUUCACAAUCACGCCCAAAAUGACGCGGUGUGACCCCGAUCAGCCUCCGAGGCCACGGAACAUAGAGAGUCACGACGAAUCUACGGACCCGGUCACGCCCAGAUUGUGGACCUCAAAUAAGGGACCUCAGAACAACGCCGACGGUGGACUCUGGAUGGGAAUGUGUCAAGCAGGCACGUGGCAACCCGUAAAUCAUGCAGCGGAUGGAUUGAGAAGCGGCAUUCAAACGCCCGCUGCCUUGAGUCCUGUGUUGGAAAGGAACAAUCCCUUUGAAUCCAUGACACCCGGUCGAGAUAAACAGACCUCUGGCAGACAGCGGCCUUAUUCGGGCAUGAACUUCUUGCCUCUGACGCCUCCUCAAAGCAGCAACGGAGACGACGGGUUCACCACCACGAUCGACAAGAAGCUGUCGUUGGAGAAGCAGAUUGACGAGGAGUUCCCCCCGCGCGUCAUCACGCAGAUCUACAACUAUCUGAGUCUGGGGUAUCCCAGCCUGGCCCACAUGUUCGACGAGGAAUUGAGCAAAAUCAGCCGGAUCCCCGUCGAGGAGUUGAGAAAGGACGAUAACCUCGUGGACGCCAAAGGCUAUGUCGGCGCGCCCGAGGGCGACGGCGCCGCCGAAAGCGAAGUCGUCGGGAAAUGUAAACGAUGGGAAGCCCUGAGAUUAUACGUUCGCGAAUGGGCUCGCCAGAGCCCCCACUUCAUGCAUGAAUCCAUGGGGCCCGUCGUCGUCAGUGCCAAUGAUGACUGGGGUUCCCGGGCCCGAAAGGGCAGUUGGGGAUUUUAA